CAGUAUUUCUUCCCGUACUUUGGGGAGGACAGUCGGUUCAUGUAACAUUGUGUUCUGACUUUUGGUGUCAGGUUCAGCUAUUUGGAGACAAUUGUGAUUUCCGAGAGGGAAUCUUGGUGAAGAAAAACUAUGAUGCACUGGGAGAAUUCCAGGGAAGGGUGUUUAUAUCUCUCAACACAAACCUCAGUUCAGAUUUAGCUCAGCCUGCAGUGCAGACCACAUCACUUACAGCUGUCAUUGUGUCAGUUCUUCCGACUUUUGGGUUGGAAUUGGCUCGAUGGCUUCUCCCACUCGUUUAUUUUGGUUGCUCCAGUUCCUAAACUUCAUAUCAGCCGGCCUGUCUUGCUUUUGCGACCGUUACCCUUGGGGCCCGUGGUCGGCCUGCUCUAGGACCUGCAACCACGGCACACAACACAGACACAGGGACAUUAAAUAUGACGACUACUACUGGAAGAGCAGCUGUCCUCAGCUGUGCGAGAGUCGUGAUCGACGUGCUUGCAAUGUGCCCGCUUGUCCCAUCAAUUGUGUGCUGACAGACUUCGGGCCCUGGUCUGCCUGCUCCCCCUGUGCCAAGAAACAGUUACGGACCAGGUCAGUCCAAAGGCCAUCCCAGUUCGGUGGGUCCCCUUGCAGUGUGGAGCUGACCGAGGAGAGGCCCUGCUAUCCUGCCACAGAGUGCAAGCUGCCACCCGUCCACUGCAGGGACAACUUCAAAUGUGAUAAUGGACGCUGCCUCAACACCACGCUAUUGUGCAACAAACAGAACGACUGUGAAGAUAACUCCGACGAGAGGGACUGCGGCGACUUCAAAGUCGUGUGUCCAGCCGAGAAGAGAGUGGCUCCCGGGGCGGACCUGGUGGGAAAUGGGUUUGAUGCGCUGGCAAAUGAGCCCAGAGGGGCAGUCCUGAACAAUAUGUUUAUGGGCGAAAAUUGCAUCAUCCGGCGGCCUCAGAGUACACUUCUCUACCAUCGAGUACCUCAUAACUUUGACAGCUUUGAUAUCAAGGUUGGCAUGCUGGAAGAUUUCAGCACAGAUCCUAAGCCACUCCACACUGAGUCCAUUCAAGUGAAGACCUCUACUUCCCACCAAGACAAUGAAGACCCCAAGAGACAUGGCUUCUUCUGGCAAUUUCUGCCAAAGAUGACAUCAUACAAGGCUGCGUUUGAAGCCUCAAAGAAAAUGGACUCCUUAUUUUUGCGGGUGCACCAGAUACUCCCUGUGUCCACUUUUAAGGUGCGAGACCCGAGCGAUUUGGUCUUGUCCGGACCUUUUCUCCAGUUCCUCCACGCUCUUCCACUGGAAUACAACUUCGCCCUCUACAGGGACAUCUUUCAGCGCUUCGGAACACACUACUACAGUUCUGGGACGCUGGGGGGUCUCUACGACUUGCUCUACCAGUACAACCGAGAAGAGCUCAGCAGUUCAGGUGAAACCGAGGAGCAUGUCAAAGGUUGUUUGGGACGAGAAACAGGAUGGACCGCGGUCCUGUACAGUCAACACGGGAAUGGACCCAUGUGCUCCGACAACAAGAUGACUCAAAAAUAUCAAGGCUCGUACAUUCGUGCAGCAGAGAAGUCGUUCUCUGCGGUGAGAGGCGGUCGAGCCAGAGAGGCGGCAGCUCUGGCCUGGGACAAGCAGGGUCCGGCUCCUGAUCGGACCUCCUACAAGAACUGGGCCAAGUCCGUCCUUGAAAAUCCUGCCGUGGUCGAUUACAAGGUGUUGCCCAUGGUAGAUCUGGUACGGGGUAUCCCCUGUGCAGCCACAAAGAGGAGGCACCUGAAGAAGGCCCUGCUCCAGUAUUUGGAGGAGUUUGACACAUGCAAGUGUGCGCCGUGCCUCAACAACGCCAAAGCAUAUCUCUCCGGUACGGAGUGCAAGUGUGCCUGCCAGACUGGCACAUUUGGCCCCAAUUGUGAACAAAGAGCUCCUGACUACACCUCAGAGGAAGUAGACGGGUCCUGGAGCUGCUGGGAGCCAUGGAGUCGCUGUGGAGCCUUCAUGAAAAGACACCGCAGGAGGAGGUGCAAUAACCCCGCCCCCUUGAGAGGAGGCCAACCUUGCACGGGUCCUGAGACGGACGAGGAGCUCUGUCACAUCUCCCUCUUUAAAGGACAGGAAACGUGUGACAAUGAUGAUGACUUCUCUACGGGAUGGAGGGAAGAGCUGCCUCCUGGUGUGAAGGGCUGUCCCAGACCACCGCCACCCGACAAUAGCUACCUCAGGAAAGCAAAGCAGUACUAUGACUUUGGUGAGGAUGAGGAGGUCAAGUGCUACACCGGGUUCGACAUGGAAGGUUUCCAGUUCAUCAACUGUCUUCCCGAUGGGACGUGGAGUCCACCAAAAGCGAGGUGCCUCAGGAAGAUCUGCCUUCCUCCCAACAUCCCAGACAGCAUGACUUUGUCCCCCAACAAAGAGGAAUACAAAGUGGGUGAUGUAGUGGGUUUCAACUGCCUUGAGGCGGGCCUGUCUCCACUGCCUCGAGGUCUGCACAGGUGUGGCACCAGACUCACCUGGGAGCCCCCGUUACCUGCAGCACUACACUGCACUGAUGAGGAAGCGUAUGAAGCUGACAGUCAGUGUGGUCCUGGUGAAGAACGUCAAGGCUCUCAAUGUGCUUGCAUUCCACGGGAGAUCUGCUUAACCGAACCGGAGAGUCUGUGCGUCCUGAACACCGACGUCAACGUCACCGUGCCGAUGUCCCUCUGCUCCUUCCACGCUGCCCGUUGCCACGGCGACCCCCUCCUCUUCCUGAGCGACGGCGCUUGCGACGCUGUAGGUCCGGCUGAACUGGAGUGGGCCAGGUUCCGAGCCGCGUGGGCCUUGAAGAGUUCUGUUCGGGAGCCGUGCGACCUCAAUGUUUGUUACGAAUGGGAGAGCUGCUCGUCCUCCACAAAAUGUGAAUGCAGAGCAGCUCGGGAUUGUCCUCCAGCCACGGAGCACAUGUUCUGCCUCAAGCUGACUCGAGGCCAGAUGACUCGCAGCAUGAAUCUUUGCUCCAUGGUCGCCCUCAGGUGUGCCAACUACCAGUUUGAGAUCCUCAAUGAAGGAUCCUGUACUGUGUGAUACCGGCGACUCUGUGUGGCCCAGCUAAAGGAUCCUGUACUGUGUGAUACCGAGGACUCUGUGUGGCCCAGCUACCAGUUUGAGAUCUUCAAUGAAGGAUCCUGUACUGUGUGAUACCGAGGACUCUGUGUGGCCCAGCUACCAGUUUGAGAUCUUCAAUGAAGGAUCCUGUACUGUGUGAUACCGGGGGCUCUGUGUGACCCUACACUACAUUUUCUCUCCAACAAUUAGGGCUUGAAUCAUCAAAUGAAACCCUCCAAAGCGACAAAAUGUCGCUAGUUGUGGAAAAUAUUAACCAGGGUUGUAUAAAGUCGAGUUAGGAGGCCAUUUGUGGGCCCUAAUCAUUUGUUUAGGGUAUAGCUUAUUUGGUAGAGUGGCCAUGCAAGCAACUUGAGGGUUCCAGGUUCAAUCCCCGCUUCUGCCAUCCUAGUGACUGCAGUUGUGUCCUUGGGCAAGACACUUUACCCACCUGCUCCCAGUGCCACCCACACUGCUUUAAAAAUGUAACUUGGACAUUGGGUUUCAAGAUGUAAAGUGCGUUGAGUCGCUAGAGAAGAGUGCUAUAUAAAUAUAAUUCACUUCACUACGGCAUUUUUUGGACUUUAAGACGCAUCUUUUACACGUUAUGUAGACCACAAGGAAAUGUUUUACAUUUAGAAAAAAUGAAAUAAAAUAUGACCCCUUAAAUGCGCCCUAUAAUCUGAUGCUCCUUUUGUAUGAAAAUAGACCUGACUAAACCCACUCCUCGGCACUGCACCUUAUAGUUCGGUGCGCCCUAUGGUUCAGAAAAUACGGUACUGUUAUUAAAACAAAACAUUAAAAGUAUAAUUUAAAAAAAAACAUGUGGAAUGUAUCUUAAGGGGCUGGUGUUUGACUGGAUCCCAGGAU